ACCGUAUUGAAACAUCUUAUACGAAACUCAUCAGUAAACAAGAUGACGCUAGCUCACAUUCUUAAAAUCAACAUGGCGACGAAAGGAAAAGGGAAAGAAGACGUAAUGAUUCUAAAUCCAGAACCUCCUCCCAAGCAGGAAAAAGGGAGCGUCUCCGCUACAAAAUUGUCUCAGACACUACAGAAGAUUAUGUUAAGGUUGAAGGGCGAGUGUAUGCAAGAGGAUGGAAAAGGUGUUGACUACAGCAAGCUUAAAGGCUCUCCAAGCUUCAAAGCAUACAAAGAGGAGGUUGCUCAACUGCACAAUGUAGAUCUGUCAGAACUUACAGACACACAGAAAAAAGUCUUUUUUAUAAAUCUGUACAAUGCUUUGACAAUACAUGGACUUGGUAUGAUGGACACGCUACCUAACUCAGUACUGGAUGUCGGUCAGUUCUGGAAAAGAACCUGCUACAAAAUUGGAAAGAAUAUGUACAGCUUGGACGACAUGGAGCAUGGAAUUCUUAGAGGUAACAGCCCACACCCUGCCACAACAGAUAAACCAUUCAAACCUGAUGACCCCAGACUUGUGUAUGCAUUGAAACAGUUGGACCCCAGAAUUCACUUUGCGUUGGUCUGUGGAGCUGUGUCCUGCCCAGCUAUAAAUGUUUACACUGAGGCCAAUAUUGAUACAGCCUUGGACAGUGCUACCAAGAACUUCUGUGUACAGGAGGUGUCCAUGUUUAAUGAGGUUGACGAGAUCUGGCUCUCCCGUAUCUUUCAGUGGUACAGAUCUGACUUUGGUGUCACAGAGGUCGAUGUGAUCAAAUGGACUAUGCCAUACCUGGAGAAAAGUAUAGCAGACCGUGCUCAUGUUAUCCUGUCAAAGUUACAGAAUGUGGGAAGAGUAAACAUCAAAUACAACGAGUAUGACUGGAGACUCAACAUCCCAGGGUCACGACCUAUCAACCUUUAAUCUGGCCAAAAGGUCAUGAUCAUGCCCUGUCAACAUCUGAUCAAGAAAAAGUUGGUAUUUUGUGAAAGUAAUCACAAAUCAAAGAAUAUUCAAAUCUCAGAGAGAAAAGCUGUUAGAGUAUUAAUGAUAAAACAUUUUUUUGAGAUUCCUCAGUUUGGUAUAAAUUUGAAAAGAUAUAUUUAACACAAGCAUUUGUUUCCUUUGUCAGGAAAAGAGUGAAAGAAGUCAGUCUUUAGGAUAGUUCACUAUUCCUCCUGCAGUAUUAAAGGGUUAUUUGGAUGAAAAUCAUCAACUAAAAGGCAGUUUAAAUAACAAUUUGAUAUUUGACUUUACACUUUCAUCCCAGCACCAAAUAGUGAACAGUUGAAAAGACUGUCAUUUGCACUCUUUGUUUGCCAAGCUACAGAUCUUUUGUUAAAAGUAUGAAUCUUUUCAUUUUAUCAUAGUUUUGUUAAGGGUUUUACGGUGAAGUGGUAUGGUGGAGGAUUUCUGUGAUUAACUUCCUCUUUCAGCAUUUAUAUUCUGUUCUUAGCAUGAAGCCUGUCCUUGUUGUUUUAAUGGUUAUUUUUAUUGUAUUGUUGAGAGUUCAUUGUUCAUAUAUUCAUUGUAAUUGUGGUUCACUCCAUCAAAUGAUGUUAGCUGGUACAAUAAGAAGACUAAGUCUGAACUACUGGUAAGUUAUCAUAAAAUUUAUAUUUUGUCAUAAAUAUUCCAGUUUUAAUGUGAAUAUUAUUUUUUUAUUUUUAUUUUUUUAUCAAAUCACUGAACCUGAAGUACAUGUAUUACCUUUUGUUUACAGCAAGUCUUGUACUAUCUUGAUCAAUGAUUGUAUUUGCAUACAGUUAGAUUUUGUUUACUUUUUUGCACUAUGGUUCUAAUUAUGGUGUAUGUAGCCAUUUUGGCAAUGUGAGAUUGAAAAUUUAAGAAAAAUUACACUAAAUUUCAACUGAUGCUAACAAGAAAUAUAUGGGCAGUCUGUAUGCUUUGACCCCAGAAAUAGAGUUUUCCCAGUUUUCUGAAAGUUGCAGAACUGUUUCAUAUUGUCCUGAAAUGUUUCAGUUACUUUGGUUAUGUGGUGCGUCAUUAAUGAGCUUUCAUAUCUUACCAGUCAGUAUUGAAACUCUACUGUACACAUUAAAUGUAGAAGAUCAGACACAACAUAAUUAUAUAUACAUACUAGGCUAUUCAAAUCGCCCUGCGUCCAUGGUCCUUCAUUCAUAUGUCGUCUGUCCUUCCGUAAACAAUACUUGUUUUCGCUAUUUUUUGCAAGUGCUAGAAGGUUAUUCCUCAAACUUCGUGUAUAGGUUCCCCUUGGUCCUUAGUUGUGCCAAUUGAAUGAAGAUGUUUUAUCAGAAAUACAAAAUGGCUGACAUGCUGACAUGUUAUCAGAAUAUUAAGAGGGAAAAAAAGAUAGAAAGGGAAAGUAUUUAGAAUAUCAGUCUGACAGAGAACCAAUAAAGAUUAUUCAACGGUGGGCACCAAGAUCCCUCUUGUAUCUCGUUAUAAUAACCCACCCUGUGUGUAUAGUUGAUACCCACCCUUGUAUAGUACAAGCAUUUGCUAACAGCAUUAUAUAAUCAGUACUUCUGGUACUGGCAAAUAUCACUAUCCCUAGUCAUUUACCUACUGUUCAAAACGAUAUUAGAUUGGAUAGAUACAAGUGGAUCACAAUUAGAUUUGGGUCUGUAUUCGUGAAACCAUUCUCAUGCUCAGGCAUAAAAUCUGUGCUCAACCCAAUUUCCUAUAAACUCGCUUAAAUCAUGAAAUGGCAGUUUAAAAGAAAAUAACCUAAAUAUUGAAGAUACAUGUAGUAUCCUAUUUGAGGUCUUUUGGAAAUUCCUUCAAAUCAUUGAAAAGAUAUUAUUAAAUUCAGGUGUCAGAUUUAUCACCAAACAGUAUUUGAGUCUGAGCACAAAAUGUGUAUUGGAGCAUGAGUUUGGUUUCAUGAAUAAAGAUAAAUGUGAGAGGAAUUUCUACGCACAUACAGGUACAUUACCUGGUAGUUUGAUCAAGUGGUCUUUGGUGGUGGAAAUGGUAGUUUUACAUAGGCUCAAGCUAUCCAAAACACAAUUAACAAAGUAAAGCACUGAGUUUUCCUUCAAUUGUGGUCAAGUGUUCACCUAAGUACUCUGGUCAGACUUUUUCCUGACCAGCUCUUAAAUACACCUUAUCCAAACAUCAAAAUCAUUUCUCAUCUUCAUUACAUUUUUGAGGACUAAUGGCUGGCCUAUCAUAGCUAUGACUCUCAGUUUCCCAGUCUCCUGUAUCAGUGUUAUAUGUAUAUUAUCAUUAUUAUGGAUGUCAUUCAAUCCUGAUAGUGUUUAGUUGUAUUGAUUAUAUGGAACAUUUAAUCUGAUCAAUGAUUUUCUAAUUCUAGUGCUAGUUUGCUAUAUAGUUUUCUAAUUUGUGAUAAUUUGUAUGUACUAAGUGAUAGAAAAUUUGAUUAACUAGUCGGUCUAAAUAGGUCAUAGUUAAGUUGUUACUAACUUGUAAUUAGUUUAGUUAUAUGAUAUAUACGUACACUGAACUGUAGUUAUAUAGGUUAGUCUGUAGUUAUAUGGUAGUUAUUUAGGUUAGUCUGUAGUUAUAUGGUAGUUAUUUAGGUUAGUCAGUGGAUAGACACUGGAAAGCAGUACAACUUUGUGUAUUAGCUGUAGUGCUCAAGUUUGAUGUUAAUUUAUUAUUUAAAGAGUUUUUAAAUUUAACUGUUAUUAAUUUUGAAAUUUGUCUAAUAUUAAAUUUUAGCUAAAAGCGGGUGUUGACUAAUAAUUAUAUAGUCUAAUUAAUUAGGGUUUGUUAUCAAUGAUUUUAUCCCAUUAAAUACUGCAGGUCAUUUCACAUUUAUAUGACUGUUUGCUUUGGAGUUAUCAAUUUGUUGCUUUGGUUUUGCUUUCAGAGUUUAAACUUUUACAUGUUAUUGAUUUAAGUGUUUUAUUCAUGAUAACAUAUCUUCUGGAUUUUUUAAGAUCCUGAAGUCAGUGUAAAUGUACUUAAAUUUAGAUGUUAUUGUAUCACAAUGUAGUUAAUUUAAAACCUAAUGAAAUGGCCAUUCACUGUAGGUGAGAUGUAAUCCUGUUCUCCACAUGCUCUGUGUAUGAUCACACAGUAAGUGUAUACAAGUCUACGCUGUCUUCAUUGUUGUGCAUCUAGCACACUGUUGUAAUGUUAGGUUCAAUUUGAACGAAUGUGAAGGAAUUAUUACAUAUUAAAUAGCAAAAUACAGGUGAAUUGCGAUCUUAGUGUCCAGGUUUGACAUGUUAUCAGUCAAGUAGAAAAAUGUUAGAAAUCUGUAAAUAUAACAGAUGAAUGUGAUAUGCUUUAUGUAGGUUAGUAACAGUAUCAUAUUUAUCCAGCAAUAAGCCUAAGUAUGUCUGGUACAUGAAAUAUAAAACAAUGAUUGAACACAUAUUAUUAACAUAAGUCAGUUGGUUGAGUAGCCCUAUGGUAUAACACUUGUCUUUCCCCCUGGCGGCUUGGGUUUGAUUCCCCUAUUGGACAUGAAAAGGUAUGGGAUCACCUGUCUGACCAUGUGUUUUUCCCAGGUAUUCUGGUUUCCUCCUACACUAAGACCAUUCACUUGCUUCCAUCUGGGUCAGCAAGAUUGAACAACAUAGUUAAAAGUUGUAAAAUACAUAAAGUUUAAUUAUAAAUAUAAGCCUACCUAAUGUCUAUUGCUGGUCAGUAAUAAUGCUUAGAAUGGCAUUUCAUUGCAAUUUUAUGUAUUGACUUCCUGGGCGUGUUACAGGAUAAGUAGGUAACUGAUAACCAAGGUAACUAUAUCAGAUGGUAGUGCUGUAUUAACCUCCUACAGAUUUAUACAAUGUUUGACUACCACCUGUGUAUCAUACAUGCUCUGUGAUAUCUAGUUCUGCAUUGUGUUCAUGGGUAUCGUCAUCACUGUUUGUUUGUUUUUUGUUAAUGUUUUGCAUUAUAUACUCAGUGUGAUACUGUUUUGAAAGUUUUGUUUGCUGAUUGCUUUGGAAACUCUUUCCCUGAGUCGCAUAUCAUCAACGAAGGAUUUACAUUUAUUUGUAUUCAGAAAUAGAAGACAAAGAUAAAGUAUGUCUUAGUAUACACAUCAAAAGCAAAUGUUGGACCUAUAAUACGAAAACUAUUUGUCCAUCGGCCAAGAAUAACAUGGACCACUUAGAAGUUUAAGGAAUUGCCCAAGGUAACGAAACUCAAUAGAUUAAUUCUGAUAACGUCAUUCUUAGAAUUUAUUAGGGCAUUGUUUUUUCAAAAUUAAAGGAUUAAUCACAUAAGUACCAUCAAUGUUGAAGUAUUAUUUAGUUUGACAAAAUUUAAUAAGCUACUACAUCACAAAGUCAUUGAAACUAAACUAAAUGUUGGCAAAAUUUGAACAAAGCACACAGCAGUAUACAUACUGAUUGGUUGGAUGCUUCAGCUAAGAGACUAAGUUGUUUUUGGAUACCCUGUCAAUAUCUAUUGAUAGUGAUCAAUGAGGAAUACUACACAAAACUAGUAAAUGUGAAGUUAAUAUUUGUCCGUCAAAUUUGAGUUUAUGUGGUUUCAAGAUGAAUUUGAUUAUGUGGCAAAGUGAGACAUAUACUAUAGAUACAAUUAAAAACAAUUCUAGUGUAUUAUUAGCUGUAAUAAGGAUAUGGUAUACAAUAUAAUAUUUCUUCAGUCAAUGAAAUUUGGGUUGGAAGUUCUCAUAGCUUAUACUAAGCAUAUACCUUAAAAAGUUUGUGUUUUGAUAUCAAAUCUAGGAGGAUGCUAAACUAUAUACUAAUGUUAUAUUUUGUUAUUGUUUGAAGUGUAGGUAACUCAGAUAUCCUGUAAUAGGCAUUAUUGUUUAUUCUGGUAAUGGAGGAGUUUAAAAAUGACUUCAAUCAGUUCAUGUUUUAUUACUGUAUUCAGUUUAAGAGGCUUGUCCUUCUUAAAAAAUAAAUAUGAGUGAAAGUAAAAAAUGUGUUAUGUACACUCUGCAAUAUAUCAUCACUGCCAAGAUAUUGAAUAAUGGUAGUGAGAAGGAAUUAACUGGUCUUUAAUGUUCAAUAAAUGUUUACUUAAUAUAUUUAAUGGACUUAAUUAUCUGACAUGAUGUAUACUGUAUUCAGUUAUGGGGGUGCAAAUGCAUAUGGUUGUUUGUUUGUUUCAGGAGGGGUGGGGGGAUUACAUUGUGAACAUUUAUUUAAUAAGACGUUAUGUGUUGACUAACAUACGAUUUGGAACCACAGGGUGUCAUAGUACUUGUAUGAUGAUAAUGUUUUAUAUCUUCACUGCAGAGCAUUUAAAUACCAUCAUUCAUUAAACAUUUAAGUACUUCUAAAUCGUCAAAAGGCAAAGGAUGAUGGUCAGUAAUGUCUUUGGACAAAUGGAUACCAAGUUUGUUCCAUGAAUAACCUUGACCCACUUUUAAGUAACCUUGGAUAGAAAUCUUUAGUAUCAUAAUUAGUUUGUUUGAACUUUUGUGAAGGUCAAGGAUAAAAAAAUAAAGCCAACUGCAUUGAAAAAGCUGUGAGCAAAGGCCUGGUAAUGUCGUAUUCAGUAUCCUCAUAUUUCCAACAUAUAUUCUCAAUGCAAACCUGAUUUUUUUUGAAAAUUUGAAUACCAUGGAGCAUGGGUGAAGCCUUUAAAGGCUCAAAUUUGGACAGCUAGGAGAAACCAUCUAAUACCUUUAGGUUAGCAACUAUCUCCAAAAGGCUCAUCCAAGAUUUUCAGAACUAGACUGUCUUGCAUUUUAUCAAUUUAUCCCAAUCAUCAUGCAGUAAAACAAUCUUAAAGUCAGUCAAAAAACAAUCUUAAAGUCAGAAAAAAAACAAUCUUAAAGUCAGAAAAAAAAAAAAUCUUUAAGUCAGAAAAAAACAAUCACAAUAAGUACAGAUGUGUCAAUGGUUGUAAUUAAUGAGUCAUUAGCAUCAACAGCUUCAAAAGUACAUAGAAAAAACAUUAGCAAAUAGUUAAAGCUGUGUUUAAAUUACAGGGUGUGUCUGUCUCGGUGUUGCUACAUCUAAUACAUUCAGUAUUAAUUUAAAAUGAGGUAAAAAAUUACAAUGUUUUUCUGGGAUAAAAGUGAGUUUAUCCGGUGUUGUAUUUCAUGUUAGAAUUUUGUAAUUCUGUAUUUAGAUACAAAUCAAUUCUGGCUUCCUUGGUCUAAUAUUAUAUAUUUAACAUUAAUUGUAAUUCACGGUUUGUUUUGUUAUUAUCAUAAUUAUACAUGUAGUAAAUAUAUUUACUGGGCUGAUGAUGGCAAAUUAUUCUGUUAUUUAUUAUAAAAUGAUAUUCAAACAUAAUUAUUAUAAAUUUAUAUUAAUUUGUUUGAUUAUACAAAAAUAUGUUACAUUUUUCAUAUACCCAACUCAAUGAUUCAUUAUUUUAUGCAGAGGUACUGCUGUAUGUAUUUCUAAACAGGCAAGUACAUGUAGUAGUAAUAUUCAUGGACUUGUCAAUUCUAAUUAUGGUUAUAGAAAAUAUCUUUUAAAUAAUAACAGAUAAUAGUUACUGUAUUUGUGUAUUGUGUAAAUCUUUUUGAAAAAAAUAUUGGAAACUAAUACAUCAAAAACUAAAUUUGAAACUAGCCGAAAAUUAACUUACAGACUCAAUACCUACCGGUAGUUUAGACUUCAUAAAGAAAGACUGUUAUUGAUUCUAUCGACAUCCAGGUGAUUGUUUCAUGGAACUCGAUUUAGACAUAUCAGUUUUACCUCAUAGUAUAUUUUGUUAGUAGGUCAACUUAUGUUGAACUUAUAACUUUUUUGUACGCUUACAUCCGAUUUAUAUAACUUGUGUGCGGUGCUGUCAGUAAAUGGAUAUAUAUGUAAGCCAAUUAUUGCCAUUUUAUUGUAUCUGUAUUUUAUGCACAUUUCCCACAAAUGCAUAAUUAUAAUUUUGUAUAAUUUGUGAUUUUUAAUGGUGAAGGUGCUUUAAACAACGCCUGUAUAAUUACGGUGUACAAAGUUGACUUGGGCUGUUUGACAGUUGGAUUGAAACACAACAAAAGUCAUUUAAAUGUAAAAUAUCAACAUUCACAUUUCAUUUAAACAAAAUGCUAACAUACACUCAUGUGAAAGUAGUUUAUUGCAAUUUAAUGACAUGAUAUUAGCAUAAAUUUUACAAAAGAUAUUCUAUGUUGUAAGAUAGGUACGCUAUACUUAUAUAAUUACCUAUAUACAUUCCUCGUUGUCAUGGUGUUACCUGUGAUUGAUAUUUCACAUAUUUUCAGCUGAAAGUUAAUUAAAUUCUGCCUGUAAUACUGAACAGUAAUUUGAUUUAAUAAGGCUAGAAAACACUAGAUAUAGAAUAUUAUUAUAUACCUAGAUAUGUAGACUUUUAGUAUGAUAUCAUGCAACAAACAGGAAAAUAUUAUUCCAUACUGUAGAAUAGAUACAAAUUAUUUAAUUAAAAAGUAAUGUAUAUCAGAAUUUAAUCAAAAUAACCCAAUUCCAAAGAUACUAAAGAUGAUCAAAUGUUAUUUUAAAAUUUAUUUGUAAUACAUAUUAUAAGAUCUUGAUAAUUUAGUAGUAUGGCAAGAUGAGCCACCUAAUAUUGUUGUUAUCCAGAUAUGUUUUACAUGUCUUUUGAUUUAAAAUAAAAAUUGUAUGCUUCUAUCCCUUAUACAAUAUAUUAUUCAUUUCUUAAACUAUCAUGUUCCUGAGUAUAUAACAUCAUAUAUCUUGCUCCUGGAGUAGAUAUUUGGACUCUGUGUCUGUAGCUAUAAAACUCAAUAUUUUUAAUAACUGCAUGUAUGUUUAUUAUCUAGUUAUUGAAUGGGCAUUCUCAUCUGUUGUUAUUUAUUCAAGAAAACGUAUGUGAAAUAUAUAAGAAUUAUAGAUACAGCUAGUCACAGUAGAGAAGAUAGAAGAGAGAUAAUUGUAUUCAACUCUAAGUCAUGUUGUAGAAACUUUAAAUUGGUAUCCUGGGUUAGAACUGAAAUUGAUGGGAAAAAAAAUCUGUUUUAUUAAAACUAGCACUGAUAAUUGUUUGUAUUAUUUAUAGAACAAAUCGCUCAAUGCCUUUAUGCAAGACAGUAAAUAUCUUAGAAUUUUAAAGUGCUUCCUUACAAUUUACCCAAACUUAUUUUAUCUUAAGUAUUACUCACUAAAAACUGAACAAAACAUGUCUAUACAUGUAUAUACUGCUAUGCAAUGUAAGUGUCUGUAACAUGUCAAGUAAGCAGUCUUUUACAUCCCACUUCAGAAAGUCCGCCAUUGUAAAAUUUCACGAUACAUAUAGUAUUGUAUUUUACAUCUGAUGCAUUGAACAUCCUGAUAUAUAUGCAUUUUAUUUAUGCUGUUUUUUUCAGAUGAUUGUCUAACAGGCAUCUGUCUGCUUUUCAAAUUUUAUUUGUCCUAAAAAAAAUAUACAAUGUACUUUGAAAUAAACUUUAAAGUCUGGGCCAUCAAUUUAAUUGUGUGGAUCACCAGAUGUGUUCAUAGUCUUUAAGUGAUGCCAACAAAUCUUUCCAAUUUUCCUGUUAAGGCUCACAUAUAGGACCUGUUACGUAGCCACGUUUUAACAUAUAGGUCAUGUUAAACAGCAACGAGUUAACAUAUAGGACAUGUUACGUAGCCACGAGUUAACAUAUAGGACAUGUUACAUAGCCACGAGUUAACAUAUAGGACAUGUUACGUAGCCACGAGUUAACAUAUAAGACAUGUUACUUAGCCACGAAUUAACAUAUAGGACAUGUUACGUAGCCACGAGUUAACAUAUAGGACAUGUUACGUAGCCACGAGUUAACAUAUAGGACAUGUUACAUAGCCACGAGUUAACAUAUAGGACAUGUUACAUAGCCACGAGUUAACAUAUAGGACAUGUUACGUAGCCACGAGUUAACAUAUAGGACAUGUUACAUAGCCACGAGUUGACAUAGGACAUGUUACAUAGCCACGAGUUGACAUAGGACAUGUUACAUAGCCACGAGUUGACAUAUAGGACAUGUUACGUAGCCACGAGUUAACAUAUAGGACAUGUUACGUAGCCACGAGUUAACAUAUAGGACAUGUUACGUAGCCACGAGUUAACAUAUAGGACAUGUUACGUAGCCACGAGUUAACAUAUAGGACAUGUUACGUAGCCACGAGUUAACAUAUAGGACAUGUUACAUAGCCACGAGUUGACAUAGGACAUGUUACAUAGCCACGAGUUAACAUAUAGGACAUGUUACGUAGCCACGAGUUAACAUAUAGGACAUGUUACGUAGCCACGAGUUAACAUAUAGGACAUGUUACGUAGCCACGAGUUAACAUAUAGGACAUGUUACGUAGCCACGAGUUGACAUAGGACAUGUUACAUAGCCACGAGUUAACAUAUAGGACAUGUUACGUAGCCACGAGUUAAAAUAUAGGACAUGUUACGUAGCCACGAGUUAACAUAUAGGACAUGUUAUGUAGCCACGAGUUAACAUAUAGGACAUGUUACGUAGCCACGAGUUAACAUAUAGGACAUGUUACAUAGCCACGAGUUAACAUAUAGGACAUGUUACGUAGCCACGAGUUAACAUAUAGGACAUGUUACGUAGCCACGAGUUAACAUAUAGGACAUGUUACAUAGCCACGAGUUAACAUAUAGGUCAUGUUACAUUGCCACGAGUUAACAUAUAGGACAUGUUAUGUAGCCACGAGUUAACAUAUAGGACAUGUUACGUAGCCACGAGUUAACAUAUAGGUCAUGUUACGUAGCCACGAGUUAACAAAUAGGACAUGUUAUGUAGCCACGAGUUAACAUAUAGGACAUGUUACAUAGCCACGAGUUAACAUAUAGGACAUGUUACGUAGCCACGAGUUAACAUAUAGGACAUGUUACGUAGCCACGAGUUUACAUAUAGGACCUGUUACAUAGCCACGAGUUUACAUAUAGGACAUGUUACAUAGCCACGAGUUAACAUAUAGGACAUGUUACGUAGCCACAAGUUAACAUAUAGGACAUGUUACGUAGCCACGAGUUAACAUAUAGGACAUGUUACGUAGCCACGAGUUUACAUAUAGGACCUGUUACAUAGCCACGAGUUUACAUAUAUGACAUGUUACAUAGCCACGAGUUAACAUAUAGGACCCGUUACAUAGCCACGAGUUAACAUAUAGGACAUGUUACGUAGCCACGAGUUGACAUAUAGGUCAUAUGUUACAUAGCCACGAGUUGACAUAGGACAUGUUACAUAGCCACGAGUUAACAUAUAGGACAUGUUACGUAGCCACGAGUUGACAUAUAGGACAUGUUACGUAGCCACGAGUUAACAUAUAGGACAUGUUACAUAGCCACGAGUUAACAUAUAGGACAUGUUAACCAGCAACCCAUUAACAUAUAGGACAUGUUACGUAGCCAUAAGUUAACAGUUAACAUGUUUAGCAGGCCUACACUCAACUGUUACUUUAACCAGCUUCUGAUACAUUGAUUUUAAUUCUCCCCACAAGUGAAGGUAGGCCUGUAGACCAGGAUAAAUCUCCUACAAGGGAGAUUGUAGUCCCUACUGGAGAUUUUGUGUACCCCAAUCUAAUGUAAUGUCCUGUUCAACUGACAACUUUACUGUAAACAUUUACAAACCAUUAUCAAAUUGGUACCUGGUAUUACCUUGUUUACAUAAGUGAUUUUAAUGUACAGCUCAUGUGGAAAGGUCCUUAAAUAACACCAAAUUCUAAUGUAUUGAGGGGUGUUUUUCAGAAGUACCCGUUAAUGAGAGAGUGACAAUAUAAACCAUGUUACAAUACGGACAACUGAACUGCAUGAUGGAACUCGUCUCAGAUUGAUAGAACUCGUCUCAGAUUAAGAUACCAUAUCACUUUAUAUGUAUGACAUUGUACAAUGCCAAGGUUUCUGGUCGCCUGCCUACAAAUCUAUUACUAUAUUUACUUUUUGUUAACCCCAAAUCUGUUUACCACCCCUGGCAGUUAGGUUUAAAGAUUUUAUUUCUAGUUGGAUUAGAAACAUUUACAAAUUAGCAUCUAGUGAAUUCAUUCAUGUUUCGAGUUCAUUUACUGUCCUUUGUACUAGAAAAUUGAAUGAAAUUUAUAUAUGACCCAAAAGUUGAAUGAAAUUUAAAUAUGACCCAAAAAGGAUUCGAUUAAGUAGGUUUACUUGGAUGUAUCGGCAUUCCUUUGUUAUUGUAAACUGUUUAUGAAUUACACUGCAUGCAAUAUCAAUGUUAUAUGUGAUAUUAUAAUUAAGAUAUUUAUCUGUUUAUCUAUACAACUACAUUGUUUAUAAACUCAGUAUAUUGUUCUGGACAAUUCAACGUUAAUGUAUGAUACUACCUUAAUGGUGCGAGUUAAUAAAAUAUUUAAUGAUUUUGCUUAUUGAAUAAAAUUAUCUAUCUUUCAA